AUGCCCGCAAUCUCAAACACUCUACAACUUCAGCUCAACUCGACUCAACAACUUCCUCGCAAUCACACAAACAUAGUUUUACUUUGUCAUAAUCAUACUUCCACAGUUUGCAAUACCAUCAACUCUUUAAAAUCAAACCUGAUACUCAAUAGUCUCUUAUCAGCAAAAUUGAAGCAUCACUACCCCGCACAACAAGAACCGUCCUAUCACAGCUACCCUUCCCACCUCCAUAGUUAUCUCAAUCGCAUAAACAACAUCAUUCUUGACCAAUGCAACCUCUGUAACUCACCCCUCCACACUUCUCCGCACCUUUUUAAUUGCUUUGCAAAUCCCACCACCCUCACUACCGCCGACCUUAGGGCUGACUCAGUGGUUGUGGCUCGAUUUAUGGACAUCUAUCAUUCCGAACUAUUACCGUCAUCAAUGAAUCUGGAAGCACAUUUCACGACAAAAGCUAAUCAUAUAGGUUCAAACGAAGACAUCAUGAAAACACUACUGUCACAUGAAAAAUCUUCUAUGGAAAAAAACUCAGAAAUGAUGCCAGAAGUUGAAAAAAAAAUCCAGCUUUUUCAAGGUUCUAAAACUAACUAA